CUCAAAAGAAGGUUAUAGACUCACAAUUAGGUUGGAAAAGACUUCUGAGGUCGAGUCCAGCCUAUGACUGAACAUGUCAACUAAACAAUCGCAUUUAGUGCCACAUCCAAACUUUCCUUAAGCAUUUUCCAUAAACAUUCCCUUUGGGAGUGAAAGGGAGAUAUUUUUGCUCCUCAGAGGGUAGAGUGCUAGAUCUAGCAUCUUAAAUCAGAUGUCCCUUGGGUGUUACUCGGCUUUAGUGCUUGUAUAAAUAAAAUGUGACUGCUCAGUUUAAUAGUUCUGAAUGGGUCCUGCGAAAUUAAUUGCAAAAGUAAUGGAUCAAAAAACUGGCAUCAGUGUAUUAAAUUAAAGCUGAAGUGUUUUCCCUUCUCUGCCCCCAUCUCAGAGGCCAAAAAUGUCAAAGAAGUGGCCCAGCAGAACGCAGAUGGAACGCAGCCUCCUGCUGGCCACCCACCUGCCACCACUAGCCAGAGUACGGCUACCAAAUGCCCGUUCCUGGCAGCUCAGAUGAAUCACAAGAACAGCAAUGUUUUCUGCAAAGCCAGCCUGGAACUGCAGGAGGAUGUGCAGGAAAUGCAGGCGGACAGGAAAGGUACAGAAUUUGCCAAAAUGCCAAGUACUUCCACAGUGAGAAAGAUUGAGACUGAGGGGGAAGAGCAGAGUGGCUUGCUCAAGAAGUUUAAGGAUAUUAUGCUCAAGCAAAGACCAGAAAGUGUUUCUCACCUGCUUCAGGAUAACUUGCCAAAAUCUGUAUCCACCUUCCAGUAUGAUCAGUUCUUUGAGAAGAAGAUAGAUGAGAAGAAGAAAGAUCACACCUACCGAGUGUUCAAGACUGUGAACCGGAAGGCGCAGAUCUUCCCCAUGGCAGACGAUUACACUGACUCCCUGAUCACCAAAAAGGAGGUGUCAGUCUGGUGCAGCAAUGAUUACCUCGGCAUGAGCCGCCACCCUCGAGUCUGUAGAGCAGUCAUGGAAACACUGAAACAACAUGGUGCUGGAGCAGGAGGCACGAGAAACAUAUCAGGAACAAGUAAAUUUCAUGUUGACUUGGAAAAAGAACUAGCUGAUCUUCAUGGAAAAGAUGCAGCACUGCUGUUCUCAUCUUGCUUUGUAGCCAAUGACUCCACUCUCUUCACUCUAGCUAAAAUGCUGCCAGGUUGUGAGAUCUACUCUGAUUCUGGAAACCAUGCCUCCAUGAUCCAGGGGAUCUGUAACAGCAGGGUACCAAAACAUAUAUUUCGCCAUAACGAUGUCAACCAUCUUCGAGAACUAUUGAAAAAGUCUGAUUCAUCCACUCCUAAAAUUGUUGCAUUUGAAACUGUGCAUUCAAUGGAUGGUGCUGUUUGUCCUCUGGAAGAGCUGUGUGAUGUGGCCCACGAGCACGGGGCCAUCACCUUUGUGGAUGAAGUGCAUGCUGUGGGGCUGUACGGGGCCCGAGGAGGUGGGAUUGGAGACCGGGAUGGGAUCAUGCACAAGAUGGACAUCAUCUCUGGAACGCUUGGCAAAGCCUUUGGCUGUGUGGGAGGCUACAUCUCCAGCACCAGUUCUCUGAUAGACACAGUUCGCUCGUACGCUGCCGGGUUUAUUUUCACCACAUCCCUGCCCCCCAUGCUGCUGGCAGGGGCCCUGGAGUCCGUGCGGACACUGAAGAGUGCAGAGGGACAGGCACUGAGGCGCCAGCACCAGCGCAACGUCAAGCUCAUGAGGCAGAUGCUGAUGGAUGCAGGGCUGCCUGUGGUGCACUGCCCCAGCCACAUCAUUCCCGUAAGGGUUGCAGAUGCUGCUAAAAACACAGAGAUCUGUGACAAGCUGAUGAGCCAGCACAGCAUUUAUGUCCAAGCCAUCAACUACCCGACAGUUCCCCGUGGAGAGGAGCUGCUCAGAAUUGCCCCUACACCUCACCACACCCCUCAGAUGAUGAGUUAUUUUAUUGAAAAACUGCUGGCUACGUGGAAGGAUGUUGGUCUGGAGCUGAAACCACACUCUUCAGCUGAAUGCAACUUCUGUAGAAGACCCCUGCAUUUUGAAGUGAUGAGUGAACGAGAACGAGCCUACUUCAGUGGCAUGAGCAAAUUAGUAUCUGUCAGUGCAUGAAAGCAACAGUCUUAGUUGUUGUCCAGCUCUAGUAUUGAGUCAGUAGCAUUUUUUAAUUGCUGAAGUAUUUUAAUCGUAGUUGAA